UCUAACGCGCGUUUACACGUGAGAUCAUCAAUUUGAUUAUAGUAGACGUAAAUAAUUAUAAUCUAAACACAUAUCGCCCGUGCAUGAUAAUAUGCUAAGAUAUGUGCAGAGUUACAUUCCCAUUUGAUAUUCUUUUAUUUCAUCAGCUGAGAAUGCUUUGUUUCGUUGGGAUUAACUUUCUAUUUUGACUGUCAUUCAAGGAUAUAAAAAGGUUGCUCACCUGAGUUUAAGGAACUCUUUACGCCAAAAUAGUUCUCACCAUAUUAUGACGUUUCGUUAGUGAGAUGAUUUUGGAGUGGUAAAGAGGAAAGAAUGUCAGGAGAAUUUCUUUGUAAAUUACAUCAAAUUUAUGAAUAAAAAAGUAAAUAAAGACACACAUUAAAGAUGGACUGGGAAUACUACAACCGUUAACAAUGAAGCAAUACUUCAGUACUUCACGUGAAUUCUCAUUUUUAUAUAAUUAGAAUAGAUAUAACUGUAUGUCGAAAUGGGAAACUUAGGAACAAAAAAGAAACAAAAAGAAGAGGACAUUGCCGAUGACGUGUGGCUAAAACUAAAUGAUGGUCAACAAAAGUCACCAAAAAGUAAGAAAAAGAAAAAGAAAAAACGGAAAAAGAAAGGAAAAGGAGAUUCUCCUGACAGAAUCGAAGAGGACGCGUCACAAUGUGACAGUUAUUCAUAUUCUACACUAAGUAGCAGAAAACUAUCAGACAGUACCAUUGCGUCUGCAGGUACAAUCACACAGCAAAAUGAAAAGGUUGAACAAAAUACAUCCAGAUUAUGUGGGACAAAUGUAGAUGACCAGUCCAAUGGAAGUAUUGGUUACGUCACCGCGUCAGAUACAUUCACGCCCCCUUCGCCACGAAAGGGCAUACAUGCGAAAUUUUCUCCUGUCAUAGCACGAGAUAGUCCGCGUGUGGUCCGGCGACUUUUACAACGUGAAAAAAUUCUAGAAAGUCCAGAGAAAAUUCUAGAAACCCCAAAGGAAUCAUUGGGUAAUCUAUCACCAAGAGCUAGAUUUUUCCUUACAACCCCCGAACCUCCUAAAAAUAUGGCAUUUGAAAACAGAAAAUUUUCUCGACACAGUAGCGGAAGCUCUAUAGAUUCUAGAAUAUUAACAUCACAAUCAGAAAAUAAAACGUCACAAAUAUGUGUAGAAGGUGGAAGUGACGAUAAAUCUUCAAAAAUAUGCAAAGAACGCGACAAAGACAACCGUUGUAUAACAAAUGGAUCUCUAAUCGUUAAAUCAAGGCAACUACAGCAGAACAAAAAUACAUGUGACAGCAGGUUUUCUAAUAAUAGCUUAGAAAUGAGUGACAGUACAACAGAAAAUCUUGUCAGAACUGGUGAAAAAGCUAAAUUAAUACGCUACGAUGGCGGUAACUUGUCACCUGCCGAGAGGAGAAAGUGCAAACAAACCCAACAGAGUGAGGUAGACAAAACCACCAAAAUAAUAUUACCUUUCGUGAAAUUUGAUAAUGAUCAUCUUCAUCAAGGUGUACAUAGUAACUUCAUAGAUUAUAUUGAGAGGCCCGAGAGGGAUAAACAGACUAAACGCGAUACUUAUUGUGUUCUAAAGAACGGGAUAUUAAAAGAGGAAAACGAUAAUGUACACUUAAAAGUUGAAAGUUGUGCCGAAUUUGUUCCACCUCCCUCACCUGCCUCAGGUGUUACACUUUUAGAGGUAGAUGAAUGUGCAAUAAUUGAAAGUGAAACGUGUUCCGAAAUACAUCUAAGUAGGGACGAUGAAAUUUUCGGAGAUUCAAUUUGUAAAAGAUUAUCAUUGCUUUUGGAAUCUGAACAAGACAAUACAAAGUUAAAUCGGUCUGAAUUUCACGAGUUCACCGAUUCGCCGUCAUCCUCUCCAGAUAUACCGGAAGUACAGCACAUAGAUCCCGAUGAACGUUUCGAAGACGUGUUUAGAUAUUUGGAGCAAUCAUGCCUCAAGUCUACGGAUUUCGAUGACGCUUACAAGUCAAUUGAAGAGACAGAAUUAAAAAGUAAUCUAAAACAGGAAGAAAAAAAUUUAAAACUCAUUUGCAAAGAAAAUUACGAAAUAUUAACGGUACCAAAAGUUGAUGCCACUGUUAAAACUCCUCAAGGAAAAGACAAUGCUUCAGUUUUAGAUGUUAUGAAUAAUAAUUUUAGAAUGAAAUCAACAGAUGAUGACAUAAAUUCGCAAGUCAAGGAUUGUACUGAAGUUGCACAACUAGAUGUAUGUCAAAACGUAUUGAAGCGCAAAAGUGAGCUAGAAAUUGAAGAGCAAAUGAAACACGAAAACGAGUUAAAUGAAAAAUUGAUUCAGCAACAUAUACAAGUAUUGCAAAACAUACUUCCAACUCAAAAUGAACCAAAUAAAAGAAAUUCUACGUUAUUUGCUGUUAACAAUAAACAUGCAAAUGAUCCGGAUAAUUAUAUAUUGGUCACAAAAAAAACUUACGGCGUAAAACGUGGAAUUCUUGUAGAAUUAAUGGACGAAGAGAAGGACCUUUUAACACGUGAUGUCAUUAAAACUAUGGACGGUAAUGAUUGGAUUGCUACUGGAAGUGAACUGAAAUAUAAACCAGAAUCAAUGCUGGUAGAAACAGGUCUUAACGUAAAAUGUCCUGUAAUUACCGAAGAUUACAAUUCAAAGGAAGAACCUGAGUUGUCUGGUUCGUCUGAAAGUUUGGAGAGUCUAUCUGAACCAGUCUAUUAUAACUUAGAUGAUUACCAAAGACAUAAUCAGAAUUCAAAAUAUAAUAAAGGAGUGUUUGAGAAACAAAAUGAAGAAUAUGUGAGACAGAAUCGAGAAUUCGAAAUAGAUGAUUAUGAAUUUGAAAAGCAUGAAAGAGAAUUCGAAAUGGACGAACACAAUUUUCAAAAACACAAACGGAAACUGGAAGGUCAAGAUCGGGAAUUCAGUGACACCCCAUCAUCGGACGAGGAAAUAGAUUUUAAAAAUAUUCUGAAUAGGAGUCAAAGUCAGAGCGAUAGCGAUUGUUCUGAUUUUAGACCAAAAAGAGAAACAGAUAUCCUUAGUGAAGUUAUUAGAUCUUAUAAAGAUGAGGAUUAUUCAGACUAUUCUGAUGAGAUAUCAGAAGAAGAAAUUUUAUACUCCGAAGAGCCACGAACUGAGAGGCAAAUAACAGUAAAACGAACGCCUUCAAAACUUGACCAAUCUAUUCAGAAAUUGUUCCAGGAAAAAUCAAAACAGAUUUCAAUUUCUGCACCGCAAAGACCAGAUAAGCAAUUAGAAAAUUUUGAUCUCACGCCGACCGCUGAGGUAUAUGAACAAUCACAAGCGGAAGGUUAUGACUCCCCUUUUCAUAAAUCUUCUGAGGGCAGUAGGCGAUCAGUUGCCUUCACUGAAUCAGACCUCGAUGCGUCAGAAAAAUGGGAAGAUGAUGAUGAUGAUGCUAGUAAUGAUAGUAUGCUAGCAGAUGAUGAGGACGAUGACGAUGAAUUUGGUCAAAUUAUUUUUAGUAAACCGUACAUAGAACAUGACGACAAGGUGGAUGCCUUGUUUAGCUAUAAUAUGGUUAAAACAAUGCCAGAAAGUCCGGUCGUGUGGGAACCGGAACCGGAAGAUGAUGAUGUAUUUCAGGACAAUAUUCCGGUAGCAUCAAGUGGAUAUCACCCGGAAGAAUCAUUAGAAUCGUCCGACGAAGCAUUUGGUGAUGCUCGGAAACAAAUGCAAGAAAUUCACGAACAACUUCAGACCUUACGUGAACAAAUGGUUACUUUCGAAAAGGAAGAGGACGAUUCUAGUCUUCCGACUUCACCAUUUGACGACAGAAUAUUGAAUAUUCCGAAAGGUGAUAAGGAUUAGUAGCAAUACAUUAUUAGUGAUGUUCUUCCUAUCAUAGACCAAGUUUAGACGUUAAUGCUAUUAAACAUUGGGAGGUAUAGAAAUCCUGACAUAAGUCAUUAUGUAAUAUAACAUUCUGUUGAAAAUUUAUCUUAAACCCGUUAAAAUUUUUCAAAUGUUUUCCUGGUUUUGCAACAGAGUUGAUAUGCAACCUUCCCUAAACAUAUCUCAAUUUUAAUCGACCGGAAUUUGCCAACAUACAAUCUUUAUUAGUAUCAAAUCAAAUCAGACACUCCUAUUACCGCUUCAUUGUGAGAAGGUCUAAGAUUAUCAACAUCAUGUCGUGCAUUGAUUGUAAUGUUGCAAGAUUUCCUAAAGUUCUCUUAUUAAAGAAGACCGUGUUUCAAAUCGCAGGUUUUUCUGAGUUUCAAAUGACACUCAAAAAUACCAAAAUUACAACCCCCCCAAAAAAAAUAAAAUAAAUAAAAAAAUAAAAUAAAAAUCAUUAUCAAAAAUAUAACAAAAAACAAAAAGGCAACUAAAAAACCUAAGUGUAUUACAGCUAAAUGAUUUGUGGUUGAAUAAAUCAUUUAAUUACGGUCUCACAAUGGACUCGUAUAUUGUAACGCAAAAUGCAAUCCUCCUUCCCCGAAUUGAUACAGUAUAAGGUGUGCUCUGAAACACGGAAAACUUUAUUUUUGCAACAUAUGGAUGAAUUAUUUUUCAUUAAUUGGAAAUAAAUCAGAAAACAGUUAAAUACAUGCACGGCUUCCAAGAUGUGUUCCUUAAUCGUUCACUUCUUGUAGUUUUCACGAUAACUUCAGCGACUUAAUUGCACUAUUAUACCUUAUAAAAGCAAUCUUGAAUGACAAUAAUAUUGUUUUUAUGGGAAAAUAAUAGGCAAGAGAUUCUAAAGGUGUAACACCACUAAUUCGGGCCCGGUUUAGAAAGCACAUUCCAAAAAUUAGUACAUAUUUAACACAAGAUAGUUCCUACGCAUGGGUGUUACUUACAAAAUAUGUAGAAUAUUUUGGUAAUUUUGGUAAAGAAAAUGAAAGCUGAAUGACUGGUGAUCAUUGUAGAACACUGUUUUGACUUAUAAUUUUGAAUAAAAAAAAAACUGCAUGGAAUUUUAAAAUGAGGGUACAUUUUGCCUGUUUGUCAGUUCUGAAGUACCUGUCUAGGUACAUCCGAUGUUCCGGGAACCAGUUCUCUCUUAUAUGCAAUCAAAGGUAUGUUGAUUUUUGCAUAAGGUGUUACUUUGACAUGCAAUAAUUGUCACUUUAUUUGAACUUAAGACAAAAGAGCUGUGCCUGCUUGAAAUUGAGGAAUUUAACAUAGAAAGCAAUGGGCCAUGCAUUAGUAGUGUACUUCCUAAAAGGAGAAUCAAAACGCAUAAGUCGAGGGGAGAGAAACCAACAAAUUAUGACAAAGGACGAAAAACGACAAAAGGACAAAAAAUUAAGAAAAAACUAAAGACUGAGCAACACGAAUAUCCGUGGGUGAUCUAUGGUAGUCAAGAAGGGUAUUCAGAUCCUACUCGACAUGUGACACCCGUCGUGUUACUCAUAUAAAAUACGAUGCAAUACGUUUUUUAUGUGUGGACAUUACAUUAGAACAUAGUGAAUUCAUAUACGUUUUAACUUUAGUCUUUCUCGCACUGACGAUGUAGCAAGAUUUUCCGUUUUGUAAAACUAUUAAUGUACAAAUAGGGUUUUAAAUGUUCCAUAGUAGAUAGAUGCAACCUACUUAAAAACAAAACUGGAAACUGUCCAAGGUUGACCAUCUUCUACACAGAUAAGUUUUUAAAUGUACGAUAGAUGAAUAUUUUACAGAAAUGUAUCUGAAAAUAAUAAUUAAUCUUGCAUAAUUAUAGAGAGUUAAUCCACGAAACGAAAACAAAAUUUUAUUUAUAUUGAUUUUUCAAUCUAAGGAUGUGUAUCCUUGUCCAAUUUCACACAUGAAUUAAAAAUGUAAUAGAUUUCAUUAUAAGACAGUGUGUCAUGGUUGUAAAGAGUUACUGUCACUUGGUUCAUCAGUGCAUUUCAUUGUAAUUGGAGUUUUAAUUUGUUAUCAGGGAAUUAAAACUUUUUAAAACUU